AUGGGGCAAGGCUAUUCCAUGACCACUCUUUCUGCGGCCUCGGCCAGCAUCGAUGUCCCGGAGCUCGCAGACUUUGUUCAUGAGAAGACCUUGGCUUCCGCUCGGUUCAUGAAGAGCGUAAGGGCUAGAAGUCAACAAGGAUUCGUCUUCGUCAAGGCUGUCAUGAAACCGUACUCAUCGUUUCAAGUCCGCGAGUAUGUGAGGCAGAUCACGGAGGAGAGAAACAUCCUCGCCGACAUCCCAAACGCCCUGGGCUAUCAGAGGAUUAUCGAGGUCGGCAGUGGAGGAUUCCUUGUGCGACAGUACAUGUUCAGCUCAGUAUACGACCGAAUGAGCACGAGACCUUUCCUCGAGGACAUCGAAAAGAAGUGGUUGGCUUUCCAAUUGCUAUGUGCCGUUCGCGACUGCCAUGCUCGAAAUGUGUACCACGGGGACAUCAAGACGGAAAAUCUAUUGGUCACCUCCUGGAACUGGCUAUACCUUACAGACUUUUCCUCCUCGUUCAAGCCAACCUAUCUUCCGGAAGAUAACCCCGCCGACUUUUCCUUCUAUUUCGAUACCUCGAGCCGACGGACAUGCUACAUCGCCCCCGAGAGGUUCACUACUGCCAAUUCAGGUGACCAGCAGGGCGGGAUGAAUUGGGCCAUGGAUAUUUUCAGUGUCGGUUGUGCUAUCGCUGAAAUCUUCUUGGAAGGCCCCAUCUUCAACCUCAGCCAAAUUUUCAAGUACCGCGCCCGAGAGUACAGCCCUGAACACAUCCAUCUGAACAAAAUCGAAGACCCCGAGGUACGGGCGAUGAUUCUCAACAUGAUUGAGCUAGAUCCAGAGAAGCGCUACAACGCGGAACAGCUCCUGUCUUUUUACCGAUCCAAAAUCUUCCCGGAUUACUUUUACAGUUUCCUCCAUCAAUACAUGCUGGACCUUACCAGGUCUGCCACGGCGGCAAAGCCAGUCGGCCUGGAUGUGGCAAGUCUGGGUGAAUGUGACGAAAAGAUCGAUCGCGUCUAUCAUGACUUUGACAAAAUAUCCUUCUUCCUGGGCUACGGCCCGAGUCCGGCCAAACGGACGUCACGAUCGCCUCUAGCCCUCCGGUCGAACAAUCGAGUGAAGUCGCAGGACUCCGAUCCUUCGUUGUAUGAUGGGAGCCUGCUUUUCCUCACGUUGGUGGUCUCCAGUAUGAGAAACACUGCUAAGGCCGCUGCCAGACUGAGGGCUUGUGACCUUCUCGUGGCCUUUGCGGAACGGCUUCCGGAUGAAGCCAAACUGGAUCGCAUCCUGCCAUACGUGGUCGGCUUGCUGGGCGACACUUCAGAUGUUGUCAAGGCGUCAGCAAUCUAUGCAAUGACCUCCAUCUUUGAGAUGAUCGAAGUCGUGUCGCCUAUCAACGCAUACGUCUUCCCCGAAUACAUAUUUCCUCGUUUGAGGCAAUUCGUGCUCGGGCCUUCCAAUCAACCCAGUAUCCUGGUGCGCUCCGCGUAUGCUUCAUGUUUAGCGUCGCUGGCGCUCUCGGCCUCUCGCAUCCUGGACAUGGUCCAUGCCAUUCGCGCUGACGGAAGGCUGCCAGCCCUGCGUGAAGACGACUGGGCUCCCGAGUCAUCCUACCAUGGUUUGUAUGACGUUGCACGGGCGGAGUUGACGCCACAUUUUGAAGAGUCGACGAUUGCUCUGAUCACCGACCCCGACCCUUCAGUAAGGAGGGCUUUGCUUGGGUCGGUCUCCCGGCUCUGCGUCUUCUUCGGCAGUUCCAAAGCGAGCGAUGUCAUCCUGACACAUCUCAAUACCUACCUGAAUGACAAGGACUGGAUCUUGAGAUGUUCCUUCUUUGAAGCUCUCGUGGGCGUCGCAUCCUAUGUCGGGACUGCGAGCCUUGAAAACUUCGUCCUGCCAAUCAUGGUUGGCUCCUUGACAGACGCCGAGAAUUUCGUGGUUGAAAAGGUGUUUCGUUCAUUGGCGCGCAUGGCUGCUCUGGGGCUCCUGCAAAAGUCCACCACCUGGGAGCUUGUCAGUAUCGCCGCGCGGUUCCUGGCUCAUCCAAGCAUCUGGGUCCGGGAGAGUGCCGUGCAGUUCAUUGUUUUGUCUGCGAAAUAUAUUCCGGCCGCUGACCAGUAUUGCAUUGUCCUUCCAAUGAUCCAGCCCUUCUUGAAGAACCCAGUCCAUGUGUUAACGGAGGAGCGCAUCCUGGAUAACCUGAAGCGUCCACUCUCCCGAAUCGUUUUCGAGUCGGCACUCAGCUGGGCAGCGAGAAAGGGCAAUAGUCUAUUUUGGACCGCGGCAUCGCGUGAUGAAGCAUUGACUCUGUCCGACCCCUCGACACCACAAAAUCCCUCGGCGCUUGCAAGGAGAUUGCUCACCAGGAUACCGCCGUCACAGAAGGACAAAGACGAUCAGAGUUCACUUGAGACCUUGCGGAAUCUGGGCAUGACACCCGAGGAUGAGAUCAAACUGCUUGCGUUGAGAGAGUAUAUUCUCCGGGUCUCAAAACAUAAGUCGCCCGGGGAGUUGGAAGAAAGACAGCGCACGCUCAACAAUAUCAUUGCCUUGAACUCGAUCCAGGCCACGCCCCAAACUGUUUUCUUCGACCAACGAGAAGCACUACGACGGACGAAAAGUCGACCAAAUAUUGCGACGCAGCAGACGGCACGUAAAGAUGAACGCCACAGUCUAGCAGAUGCGCUCCUCGACGCUUCCACAAGCAUCGAUGAACAGUUGGCCAGACGGAGUUCGCCUUCAGGCAACGCAAGUGGCGCGGCGACUCCAUCCAUGAAGCCAAUCGACAUCGGCAACCGGAAAAUAUCGAGCAUCACUACCGACCGUGGCCCAGCCAUCAGUGUGGAUGAGGCCAGUACUCCUUCACGUCUGAUAGUGGGCAACUCCCCUGCCGGGACCGAUCGGCUCUCACUGCGGAAGAUUAGCAGCCCCCUGGAACUAAGGCACCGCAAUAGCGGCCUUAACUUGAUGAACCGCACCGAUUCUGCCAAAGCGGAUGCAGAAAUCUCCACCAGUUCCGAAAACGCCUUUGGCAAGGUCGAUGGGCCACUGCACCGAAAGACUGCAAAGACGUCCAGCUUGAGCGUUGCUGCGAGCCUUGCUGGAGGGUCCAGGUCAGUGUCACCUCAGAGCAGCGGAGCUCGAACCCCUGCAUAUGAGCCCAACCACUCCUAUACCGGCACUGAUGCCAAUGUGCUCCGACUCCUGGAAACCCACUUUACGGAAAACUUCCCCGUUGAUCAGGUUGACUUUGGAGGCAACCGUCCGGCAGCAGACACUAAAGCGCCGAUCAAGAGAGCCACAGAUGUCUUGCAACAGUACACGAGUGGCAGAGCGCCGCAGCAAGAACAGGGAUACCGGACCGAGCCAUGGCGGCCAUCAGGUCAGCUCCUGACCCAGUUUUCUGAGCACACUGCAGCUAUCAAUCGAGUUUGUGUGGCCCCUGAUCAUGCCUUUUUCGUAACUGCGUCGGAUGAUGGUACAUGCAAAGUAUGGGACACCAUCAGGUUGGAGAAGAAUGUUACGCCGCGAUCGAGACAUACUCAUCGACAUGCAGAUGGAGCUCAAGUCAAAAGUCUGUGCUUCAUUGACGGCACCCAUACCUUUCUCAGCGGUGCAGACGAUGGAAGUAUACAAGCCAUACACAUUGAUUACAGAAGCGUCGAUGGCGGUGAAAGCUCCCGAUAUGGGAAACCAAGUUUCGUCCGGGAUUACCACAUACCUUCACGCCAGCAUGCAGAGGCUGCCAGAGCCCGAGAAGACGGUGCUGCCGGAUCAACCCCCGAGUACGCUGUCUGGCUUCACCACUAUCGAACUCCGACCUCGCAAUCUAUUCUUCUGGCUGCAACUAACAAAUGUCGCAUCCUCAUCAUCGACAUGAAAACCAUGGAUAUCCUCCAUAGCAUGAACAACCCGGUCCAUCACGGCACCCCGACGACGUUCUGCGUCGAUAAAAGGCACCAUUGGCUUCUACUUGGAACCAGCCAUGGGAUCCUUGAUCUGUGGGAUCUCAGAUUCAGGCUGCGACUCAGAGGGUUUGGCAUCCAGACAGAUUCACGCAUCGAUCGAAUCCUUCUCCACCCGAGCAAGGGGCAUGGCCGAUGGGUUAUGGUCAGCGCAGGGGGAGAAAUCUGCGUGUGGGACAUUGAAAAGCUGGUAUGCAGAGAGGUUCUAAGACCGGGCACAUUUACGGCCAGGAGUAGCAAACAAGGUCCCUACGAAGCAUGGAAUCCCGACGAGGAAAACAGCGAGAAAGUCCUGUCCCGCUUUGCACAAGAACUCGCUGUCGAUGGGGACAUGGUCGUACCGCAACUGCACUCGACGCCGAAUGAGUCGUCCAACGGUUCACCCGUCAAGAAGCAAACUCCCGCUCCAGUCUCGUCGACUGCCACGUCCACACUCCCGAUUCUCGCAAUGUACAUCAUGAAUGACUAUCUCCUCAACCCAUCUCAACCAGACAACCCGUACAAGCAUCCAUUGCUGUUCACUGGUGGCGCCGACCGGGUGCUACGGUACUGGGAUAUUCAGCGACCAGAAAAUAGCUCUAUCGUCUCCGGUCCCCAACUUUACGGCGAGGAGGGGAAAGUGGCACAGCCAAAAUACGAGGUGAGCCACCCGCUGGCCUUGAGCGCCGGAGCUCAAAUAGCGCUUGUAAAAGAAACACUCAACUACGAGGGUCAUGGAGAGGGAAAUGCAUCUCGAAGGCCAACGCGCCCGUCCAAGGAUCCAACGGCUAGUCCUGCCAGAACUAGUUCUCCACCACCAACCACCGGCAACUCGACGCCCAACCAUGCCGGGCUUCCCAGCGCAUCGACGGCAUCAACCUCCAAGCCAGCCGCGGUGGCGGCGGCGGCAGCUUCUAAGCCACCCCGCAACUCCAUUAUCAGUGCUGCUCAACAACAGAUCCUCCGAACGCAUGCCGACGGUAUCACAGAUGUGAUUGGACUCCGCAAGCCGUAUGGGUGUGUGGUCAGUGUUGAUCGAGGCGGAAAUGUAUUUGUCUUUCAUUGA